GUCGUCCUGGGAUUCCUGGGGGAACGAAUUUACCAGUUCUGUCAUAGGACUGGCUUCUUCAAAGAGGUAGAAUUUAUUGAUCUUCCAAACUGUCAGCUGGUGAAAGGAAUUGAGUAUGGCUCAGAAGAUAUUCAUGUUCUUCCCAAUGGACUGGCAUUCAUCAGCUCUGGCCUGAAAAUACCCACCGAUGAAGAGUUUUGCACCCGACAGACCUGCAGAAAUAUUGCUGGUAGAUCUGAACGAUGAUGUCCUUCACCCCGAACCUCUACAGCUCAGUAAAGACAUAGAUGCUCCUUCAUUUAAUCCUCAUGGGCUCAGUGUGUACAUUGAUGAGAGAGAUGGCACGGUCUACCUUUUUGUUGUGAAUCAUCCAAUUCCUGACUAUAAUAGCUGUAUUGAAAUAUUUAAAUUUGACGAGAAGCAGAAAUUUCUCCUACAUCUGAAGACAAUUAAACAUCCAUUAUUGCAGAGUGUGAAUGACAUUGUCGCUGUUGGACCGGAGAGCUUUUACGCCACUAAUGAUUAUUAUUUUGAGAGUGUACCUAUGAAAUUUGUAGAGGGUUUCCUUGGAUUAAAAUGGACAAAUGUGGUGUAUUACAGUCCCAGGGAUGUCCGAGAAGUGGCGCUGGGACUCUACAGUGGUAAUGGAAUUGCCAUAUCAAACGAUAAAAAAUUUAUCUAUGCUGUUGACCUUACGGCUCACACAAUCAAUGUCUACGAGAAACAUGCCAACUGGACCCUAACCCCUGUAAAGGCUGUUCAUGUAGAUACUUGCGCGGAUAACCUGUUUGUGGAUCCAGUUACUGGGGAUAUCUGGACAGGAGCACACCCAAAUUUACAUAAAAUAUUAUUUUACAAAGAUGAAGAUCCCCCUUUAUCAGAGGUUAUCCGUAUACAGAAAAUUCAUUCAGAUCGCCCAGUAGUGACUCGGGUUUACGUCAAUAACGGUUCGGUGAUUCAGGGGUCAUCUGUAGCCGCAGUGUACAAGAAGAAGCUGAUUAUAGGGACCGUAUUCCACAAAGCUCUCUACUGUCAGCUGGAUUGA